AUGUCCGAAGAGGAGCCAGCGUCGACGGAGGCGACAGGCGCCGAGAGCCCGCCUUUUGACCUCCGAACUGUGGCUUACGAAGAGCUUGGAGAAACACCACAGUUGAAGAGGGACACAGUUAUGGAGUUGCGGAAGCUCAUCAAUGCUGAGCCGGACCUCAAGUGUCCAUCCGAUGAUGCUUUCCUGGUGAAGUUUCUGCGUGCCCGGAAGUACCGCGUGGAGGAGGCCUUCUGCACGAUCCGGAAGUACUUCCGCGUGAGACAGGUGCACCGGAACAUCUUCGACGAUCUGCGGCCGUCUCAGAUCAUGUUCAACGCGGUGUUUCACCAGAACAAGCUGGUUACGAUACUCGACGAAAGGGACCACCUGGGAAGGCUAGUAGCUAUUCUCAAGCUGGGCGCUUGGAAGCCCCACAUGUGCCCCCUGGACGAGCUCUUCAGGGCCGGCGUCUUGGUCGGCGAGUACAUCCUGCUGAGCGAGACUACUCAGGUCGCAGGCGUCGUAGCCGUCGUAGACUUGGAAGGUCUCAACUUCGAGCUCUUCAGACAUUACACUCCCUCCGUGGUCAGGAAGCUCAUUGAGCUCGCUCAGGAGUGCUACCCUAUAAGAAUCAAGGGAGUAUACAUUACCAACAACCCUCCCAUAUUCGAGCUCAUCUACUCUGUUGCCAAGUUGUUCCUGAAACCGAAGCUCGUAGACCGGACUCACUUUAUCGGGCGCGACUACCAGAAGCUCCACGCCCUGAUCCCUCGCGAACGGCUCCCCGAAGAAUACGACGGCACCCGGGGCAAGGUCGACUACCACAGUCUCGAGAAAUCGCUGAGAAAGAUCGAAGACUUCUACUUGCAGAUAGCGCGCUACGGUUACCGACCAAAAUGA